GUCAUUUUAAUUCUGAAGAAACAGAAGGGAAAGAGGAAUUGACACAGCUUGUACUACCAUUAGGAGGACUGUCUUCUUGGCAAGGCUUCAGGAUGGAUGCAUGUCCCACCAACACAUCAGAUUUAAAUGAGACUGAGGAGGCUGAGCUGCAGACCAUCAAGAAGCACAAGAAAGAGCUGCUGGAUGACAUUCAGAGGCUAAAAGAUGAGAUAGCAGAAGUAUUUGAAGAGAUAGAUCGUUUCCAGCAAGGACAAACAAGCAUGAUGAUCCAGAGGGACAAAGACCUAUCCAUUGGACGGAAGAAAUUUAACAUGGACCCUACUAAGGGUAUCCAAUAUCUGACUGAGCACAAAGUGCUGUUAUCAAAUGUGCAAGAAAUUGCCAAAUUCCUGUACAAGGGAGAAGGCCUCAACAAGACAGCUAUUGGAGAUUACCUGGGAGAAAGGGAUCCAGUGAACCUCCAGAUUCUGCAGGCAUUUGUAGAAUGCCACCACUUUACCAACCUUAACCUUGUACAAGCAUUGAGGCAGUUCCUGUGGAGCUUCCGGUUGCCUGGGGAGGCACAGAAGAUUGACCGCAUGAUGGAAGCUUUUGCCAACCGGUAUUGUCAGUGCAACCCAGGAGUCUUCCAGUCAACAGACACCUGUUAUAUCCUCUCUUUCUCUGUCAUAAUGUUGAACACCAGCCUGCACAACCCAAAUGUCAAAGACAAGCCUCCCUUUGAGAGGUUUGUGUCCAUGAACAGAGGCAUCAAUGAUGGAGGGGACCUUCAUGAAGCACUUCUGAGGAGUUUGUUUGAUAGCAUCAAGAGCGAACCGUUCUCCAUUCCAGAGGACGACGGAAAUGAUCUCACCCAUACUUUCUUCAACCCCAGUCGGGAAGGCUGGCUCCUUAAACUAGGAGGCAGAGUGAAAACUUGGAAGCGCCGUUGGUUCAUUUUGACAGAUAACUGCCUGUACUAUUUUGGAUAUACCACGGACAAAGAGCCGCUGGGGAUUAUUCCAUUGGAAAAUCUAUCUAUUCGGAAAGUAGAUGACCCGAAGAAGCGAAAUUGUUUUGAGCUCUUUAAUGCAAACUGCAAGGGGCAGAAGAUCAAAGCCUGCAAGACUGAUGGAGAUGGGAAGGUGGUUGAAGGCAAACACCAAUCUUACAAGAUCUCUGCAGCCUCGCCAGAGGAGCGUGACCUAUGGAUUGACGCAAUACGAACCAGCAUCACACAAGACCCCUUUUAUGACCUGGUCGCCGCUCGUAAGAAAAAGAUUGCCAACAAAAAAUGAGCCUCUUGGCUUACCAUCUUGCUUUGCUAAUGUUUUAAAUCUCAAGAAAGUGGCUUCCUUGGAAUCCUGCCUGUAAAGGAAUGCAAAAACACCGAAAGCUUCCUGUUCAAGACAGGAAAAUGACUGACAGGGUGAUGAAGGGCCUCCUCUUCCCACUCUCAGAGUCAAAAUCUGAUGAGACUGAUUGUAGCUCAUGUGGACUCAUUUGCAUGAACAGAGAACGGGUGUCAACACUUGCAUCAUUUGGAGCAGGUUUUGGCUGCCUGUAUCUGUUGAGCAAUGAUCUGGGUCAGAAGGAAUUUUGGGAUGGACCUACCUUUUCUUUAAAUGGCUAGCACAGCUGAUAUCAGGCAAGACUUGUGUACAUGAUCUCCUGCCUGACUUGUCAUUCCACGACCUCUUGAAUAAUGAUGUGGUUUGGGUUUUGAGUAUAUAAUGAAAACACUCAUUUGGAAUAAUAACAUGAAGGAUAAAGGCCAUCUGGUGGGUUAAAGGGAAACAAUGCAAUGUGGUAGUGGCAGCACUUCUAUAUGAUAGGCUAUGAAUGUGCAAACUGCUGCCAAGUCUACUGUAAUGCUAAACUUUGGCUUUUCAGGAAGAAACCAUCUAGGAAGAAUCUGGUUCUAAAAAGUCAUGCAGGAAGUGGGCAGUUCCUGUGUUCUAGCUCCCUGCCCCACCAUAGGCAUGGGUUGUAUGCAUCUGUCAUAUUUUGUGAGAGUUGCUAGUCCAGUGGAUUGAGAGCUGGGCUUUGGGUUAGGAGGCAUGCAUUCAUGUUCCACUUCCACAAUAACUGUGGUUUCAGGCAAAUUGUUCCCUCUUGCCCUUGGAUUCUCAUCUGUCAAAUGGGUCUAAGAGUACCUGUUGCACUGGAUUUAUGGUGAAAGCUAGGUUAUUGCAAUAGGUACUGUGAAGUAAAUUAUAAGCUGGAAUAAAAAAGUAAAAGCUGUCCCAGAGUGGUGAAAUUUAAUAAGAAAGCAAAAUGUUCUUAUACAAAUUAGAAAGCAAGCAAAUGUAAAAAUUAUUAUGCCAAAUGUACCAACACAUGAACACAUGCAUACAUACACAGGAUGAGGGUAGGAUUUCCCCACACACCCACAGAGGGUUAAACAGAUGGAGAAAAGCAAUUUUUCUUUAUAAAUAAAAAUGUGAAAAGACAUAUUGCAGCCUUUUA